ACUCAGCGAUUUGGGGCUCUAACAUAGUUCGCUUUACAGACGCGUAACAGUCAAAUUUCAGAAGUCGAAGCGGAAAGACGCGUUUUUCUCACGUCCUCUUUUCUGCCGGUUAUUCGGGAAAUCGCAGUCGCAGUCGCAAUCGCAGUUAUCGGUUCAAUCUAUGCACUCGCACAGAUAAUUAUUUUGGCCAAAAAUAACAAAAAUCGCCGAUCUGAAAGAUACGAAUACGAAACCCAACGGAUUGCCAAUUUGUUUAUAUGCCAUGGUUGCGUUCGUGUGUGCGCGAGUAUCUGUGUGAGAAGCGCGUGUAAACAAAAAGAAAAGAAGAAAUAAAAAAAAAUAAACGAGCAGUGUAUCUUCUUCGGCUCUGAUAAGCUGACAAGUUUGAUAAAACACCAACCGAUGGUUGUUGUUAACAGCUAGGAAAACACAAGUGCUACUGCAUAAGAAAAGCCCCCCCGCCCCCUCCUCGACGCACCCUGCCGUCUGAAUUACGAAUCCAAACAAAUAGCGCCGGCUGGCGGAAUAAGUGAAAUUCAAGAUACAAUUGUAAAUACAGCGGAAUUAUUGGAAAAUAUACAUCAAAAUAGCAUCGCCGGUAUCGGUGCCAAUUAAAGCCGUGAAAAAUUCGCUGAAACAACAACAAACAACGACAACAACAACAGCAGCAGGCUAUUAUUGUGUAAAGUAUACGACUAAGUUCUUAUCGGUGUGCAAUCGUUGUUGUUUAUAUUAUUAUUCUAUAUGCUGGUUCGUUGAGUUGUUGUUAUUGCCUUAGCCGGCGUCGCGUCGGUGUUAGUGUGUCGGUGUGUUUGUGUGCAAACGAGUUUGCAAAUACAACAAAAAAAGGAAGGAAAAAAUUAUUGCAGUUACGGUGGCAAGUGUUGCAGAUAUACCAGCAGCAGCAGCAGCAACAAUAACAACAACAAGUUAGCCAGAAACCAACACGCAACAGGCCACGAAAUUAAUUGGAAUGUAACAAAUCUGAAUGAAAGUGCUGAAGUUAAAUCAAUUUUUAAGUGAAUAAGAAACCGAAAAAUACCACACAUAAAUGACGAGCGUGUGCAGAGUGUAGAUAAUUAGUUGUAUCUUAUUCAUAUAUAGGGCAAUAUCCGAUCGCGAGUGCUAAAAUGCUGUCCUCCGCAGCAUCGGUCAUCGUCGGGAUGCAGAAAUCAAUCUGAAAUCAAAAUUAAGAAAAUAAAUCAAAAUAUAUCUGUCGCUCUAAGUAAUCAAUUGUCGUAGCCAAAAUCAAAUCAAAAUUGCAUCAAAAGCCAACUCAAAUUGUUGCCCCACCAACAGUUUGAGUGCACAUUCACCUUGGCACCACUGUUCCUGUUCGUGAAACAUUUAAAAACGGCCUCAAAACGGAGUCCCUAGAGUUUCUGCGUUGCGAGGAAGAGGAUAUCAAGAUGGAUAUCCUACCGAGUGGCAACAUUUUCAGCGAGCUGGAGCGGAUCUGCACCACCGGCUACUACUCGUCGCAGCCGUCGAUAGAGGAUCAAUGGCAACAGACCUGCUACGAACUGGAGCGCUAUCUGCGGGAUGAGCCCAAGCUGCAGAAGAAGAUGCACAGCAAUCUGGACAAUCCAUGGGACAUAUUCUCCACACCCGCCCGCCUGCUCGAGGAGCUGAAGAUCAAGGAGCAGCACCUGGACACGAUCUCGACGACCUCCUCGGUCUCGUCCAACUGCUCGGGCACCUCGUGGGAUAGCAAUGGCUCCCAGGCACUGAGCUGCUCGGUGCUGGUCAAGCAGGAGCGGAUCGACGAGGAGGACGACGACGUGGGCUGUGACGACAAGCUGAGCGUGCUGCUCGCAGCUCCGCCCUCGGCAAUCUCCCCCAAUCCCAGCAUCGGCAGUGCGGGCAACAUGACGCCCACCAGCAUCAGCAACAGCAGCAGCAUCAGCAGCAGCAAUAGCCACAGCAAUAGCAACGGCAACACCACCGGCAGCAGCAACAUCAUCGCCAGCCCGCUGAGCAGUCUGGGCAGUGGCAGCACCAUCACAGUGAGUUCCCGCAACAGCUCGGCGCCGGGAAUCAAGGUGCGCGUGGUCCAGGCCAAGAAUCACCCGGGCAGCAAUGCGAGAAUGCACCUGGGGCAUGUCCAGGACUUUGUGCUGCCCACGCUCACGCCGCCUUCUUCGCCAGAGUCCAACCUGCGCAGCCACAAUUACGCCCAGCAGCUGGAGGCCAACGAUUUGGCGGCACUGAUACAGCAGCAGCAGCAGCAGCAGCAACAGCAGCAGCAGCAGCUCCAUCCACAGCCCGGCAACUCCACACCCGCUACAGCAAUCCUGCGCUUCACCAGCCAGAGCAAUCCCACAAUGACGCAACUGCAGCAGCAGCAGCAACAGCUGGCCGUCCAGCAUUUGAGCAUAUCGCCACAGGCCCUUGGCCACAGCAACAUCGGCAGCAACUCGCCCAAGAGCAGCAGCAGCAGUAGCAGCAACAGCAGCAGCAACAGCAGCAGUAGCAGCCACAGUAGCAGCAGCAGCAUCAGCGGCAGCAGCGACCAGCCAACACACAGCAACAUUCCGCGCAGCACCAUCGUCCGCCUGACGACGGCCAACGGGAAGCCAGGAGCGGCUGGCAUCAGUCUGGCCCGGGUCAUCCAAAUGCAGAACAACGGCAAUGCCAAUGUUGCCGCCGUGCUCAGUGCAGCAGCCAACAGCGGCAGCAGCAGCAACAGCAGCAGCAACAUCAAUGGCAGCAGCAACACCAGCAGCAAUAGCAUCAACACCGCGACGCCGCAGCAACAGGUGCUUUCGCAACGGUCGGAAAAGUCGGCGAAUGGCUCCUCGAAACCGCACCACCCGCGCCAGCAUCACAGCGAUCACAGCCCGGACGCCAAGCGGCGGAUACACAAGUGCCAAUUUCUGGGCUGCAAAAAAGUCUACACGAAGAGCUCGCACCUGAAGGCCCACCAAAGAACGCAUACAGGUGAAAAGCCGUACAAGUGCUCCUGGGAGGGCUGUGAAUGGAGGUUUGCGAGGAGCGACGAGCUGACCCGCCACUACCGCAAACACACAGGUGCCAAGCCGUUCAAGUGCCGCAACUGCGAUCGCUGCUUCUCGAGGUCCGAUCACCUGGCGCUGCACAUGAAGCGCCACAUGUGAGGCGAGAUUUAAGCAGGGCCAUCCGGAAAAGCCGGGAAAUCCAGAGGCGGAGUGGAGGAGGAGGAAUCCAGCGGAAACUGUGUGCCAUCAAGGAACGAUGAAAAACUUGCGUAACGCUAAUCAAAACCACUUUAUUCGUGGAGCAUAGAGGGGUGGGAAAGUAAUCAAGGAAAAAACCAACUAGGAAAACAUCACAACACAAGCACAAAGAUGGAAAUUCAAGUUCUCUGAUUCCGAUUGACAUUUGUGUUGCCAUUAUUGUCGCCGUUAUCGUUUUCGUUAUCGUAUGGUUAUCGUCGUUAUCGUUUCAAUUGCAAAUUCGAUUUGUUUCAAUGCCUUGUUAAGAAUAAGUUUAAGCUUUAGCAGCCUGAUCGCAUUUCCCCAUUCACACCUAGCAUUUAGCCGCAAGUUCUGAACAAACAGCAAAAAUUGUGUACAAUUUACCAAAGCUAAGCUGAUUUCUUUAAUUAGUAAAGCAGCGACAAAAACCCAGCAUUUGCUAGGAAAAAUACAAAAAAAUAGUAACUUAAUUAAAAAUAAUAUUUUUGUUUUCAUAAUGUGAACACUGCCAAAAUGAAAAUGUAAAAAAAAAGCAAACAAAAAAAAACAAAAAAACUAAAAGCUAGAAAAAAUAUAUGUACAUGUAAAGAAUUAUGAUAAGUAAUUAGUUUCAUAUGUCAGCAUCAGUAAAUAGAAACACAAAUACAAGAAAAAAGUAAAAGUGCAAAAUAUGUUUUAAACAAAACGAGAGAAAACAGAAAACGUUGAAAAUGCUUAUUUUCUUAAUUUAAUUUUAAAUGUAUUUUAAGUGUUGCCUAGGUCUGAAAAUUUUCACAUUUCACCGCACCACUCAAAAUUGGAAAGCUAUAAACAUAAAGUUUAUGGAAUGCCUAAAUUAAAUUUAAUUGAUAUUCGGAAUAUGACAUAAAUGCAAUUUGGUUGCUCUGUUUUUAAUGAAUAUACGUAAUUAUUUAAUGUAAACAAUUUCUCUUAUGCAUUGCCUAAGUGAUGAAAAGUAUUACGAACACAUUUUGAUACGUUUAACUAAUUUAAUCAAAAUUUGUAUUCUCAAUCGAAAAUCGAAACAAAAUUUACCUUCGACUUAACAUACAAAUUCUUCUUUACGUGCCUCAUUAAUGUUAAUUUAAUCAAAUCAAUCAAUUCCUUUUUAGCUAAGCCCAUAUUUUUUCGGAACCCUCUUGAUUUGCGGUAGACUUAAAAAUUUCAUUGGAUCUUUUAUUUUUUUUAUUGCGUGCUGCUUCUUAUUUUGUAGUUUAUCAUUUCCUCAUUCUUGUUUACAAUGAUUUGUUUAUUUUUAAUUAUUUUUAAAUAAAGAAAAAGUAUGUGAAAAGCGAUUGUUUCCACGGACUUAUCAUUUUACACCAGCACCCCUCAGCAAAUGAAACACGACAUCAAAGUAUACAACGUUGAUCGAGAUAUCGGUCAAUCAUUAUGGUUUGUGUGAUGAGAAAUUCUGUGAUCCAGAGAACAACAACAACAAAAUAGCUAAGGCAAAGAAAAAUAAUGGGAAAACCAAAAACCAAUGACAGCAGGCAAUCAACUGCAGCACACAUGCACUAAAAAUGCUAUAGAAAAACGUAUAUGGGGCUUAUGGUGGGGAGAAGUCCUCUCCAAUUGUUCCCAAGAAAGAGGAGCAUAAAAGUUUAGAAAGCUCUUCAUAUAUAUAUAUAUAAAUGUUUAUGUACAUACAAACACGAAAUACAGUUUGACUCCUUUUCUAGCUUUAUUCUCACUGAUUGUCGAUGAUGGGUAGAGAAUUUGGACGAUUUCGACUGCAAUCGUGGUCGAUAUCAAUAUGUACGGUGUUGCUUGUGCUUUGUGUCAUUUGAGUGUUAUCGUAUUUGUAUGUAUCUGUAUAUCAAUCAGAUCAACUCGCCACAAAACGGAUAAUCCCAAUAGACCCCAUGGGGUCCUUCCAGUUCCAGAAUCCCGUUUGGCUUCCAAGCGAAAAUUGCACUGAACAAUACUUAAUGAAUACGUGAAAAUCCAAAUCCAAAUCCAAUACCAAUACGAUGUGUCAAAAAUGCUUCAAUCAGUUUAGUCUAACUUUUGAGAGAAAACCGAAAACGAACAAAAAAAAACAAGAGCAGUAAAAUAGAAAUCCCCAAUAUAUAAAAUAUUUUGUAUAGAAAACCUUUAAACUAAAAUCGAAAGCGUAAGGCAAAUUUAGAUCCUAAAGCAGAUAUUCGAUAGUCACGAGCGCAGAGUGAGCGAGACAGUAUAGAUAUGGAUAAACAAGAAUAUAUAUAUAUAUAUAUGUAUUUUACAACCGAAGAAGUGUAUUUUAAAAUGAGAAAAUUAAACAAAAUUAUUGUGUAAAAAGGUAAAACAAAAUGAAAGACUGGUCAACGAGGUGUUCCGCGUUUAUGCAACAAUUGCAAAAUAGAAAAAGUAAACAAAUAUAUAUAUAUAUAUACAUAUAUAUAUGUACACGUACGAGUGUAAGAGAUUUCGAACCCGAAGGAUUAAGCUACUGUACUCCCAAUCGCAUAUAGUGUUCGAUGUGCGAGCCCAUUAGAGCGAUUAGUUUAAGACCCACUCGAUCAUUUCGAUUAUCCGAUUCGGCAGCAAAACUACGCAUACGUAAGAGGGAAGGCCUUGCCGCGAUCCCGCAAUUAAAGUUAAUGAAGUACGAAUUUUAAGUAACGCUGAAUGUGAGUCUAGAGAGUACUAAACCGAAACUAUGGAUAUAUUUUAGUGUCUACACUUGAGCAUUUUACAUCGGCUAACUACCCGGGGUCUGCCUUUGCGAAGUCAACCAUCCGGCAGUUUGGGGGCUCUGCUGCUGAGGGAAAAUCUAUAAACAUUUUCUACAGAUUUACAGCCGAGCAUAACAAGCAAAGGCAAGCGCACAGAGGCCGGAAGUCAGAAGUCACAGGGCAGGAAAAUAUUUGGCAGCAGGCACACAUAAAAAUAAAUAAAGUAUACUAAAACUAGAGUAAAUACAUUUUAAUUUCGUUUAGAGUUUCGUUUGCAAAUGUGCUUAGCAAUUUUCCCGUUCCUCCCCCGUUGCCAGCUUCCCCCACAUUUCCCCCCACCCGGAAGCGGAAUAUCAUAAGCGUUUAGUUUAAGAGUAGACUAAAUGGCGCAGGGCCAAGCUUAGUAUAGCAGAAAUAUAUGGAAGGAGAUAGGCAUAUACACACACACACAUACAUGUAUGGGGUCGGAAAAUGGGAAAUGGUAUCGGUAACGUGGGCAAGGGUGUGACAGGGGGGUAGGGGAUCUGGUAGUCUGGGGAGGGAAAGGAGUAAAACAUUUUAUGUAGGCAAAUAAGGGCAUAACUCGUAAAAGAUUUUGUGUAUAGUUUAGUGAAAUGAAUUAGUUUAAUGUUAAAUGAACUCAAAAGGAAACUACAUAAAAAUAUAUGAAUAUAUACAUCGGAUAUGGUAUUAAGAGAAUAUACUUAGUGCGUAUGGCGAACCUAUUUACUUGGCAGUUGUGUGUGUGUGUUUGAGUGUGUGCGUGUGAACUAAAUUGAUGUGUAUCUGUCGAAAGGACGAGUCCGUCGAGAAGAAGUCAGUUUUUUGGAAGGAUUAUGCAAAGCAUCUACAAAUUAAGGCACAGCAUUAUAAAUUACAACUAAUGAAGUACGUUUAUUUGAGCUACAAACGCACGAACGGUUACUAAAGCUAGAACGGUGAUGGAAUGCAGAUGAGGCGGAGGUUAUAGGUCAUAGGCUUAGGGAAGUGGGGGCUACUCACCUGGUAGUAGACAUUUUGGGGGGGCAGCAAGUGGUGAUUACUUAGGACUUUUACGCGAUAACUCGGUUUAGCCCUUCCUCGUUUCUGUACAUGAUCGCAACCCCAGGCAUGCAUUCAUAUUUGUAAUUGUAAUCGUAAGGCAGUGUAAUUGAUAUCAAACAUAAGCAGAAAGAAAAACUACAGAAGUAACGAGGAAAAUUCACAAGUUUCGGCACAGGAGAACCCAAUUGAAAAAUACAUUUUAGGAGUAAGUAAAUCAAAAAAAAAAAAAAUAGUAAAACCAAAAAAUAAUAAUUGUAUUUAAUGCUUGUGCAAAACAGAAAAAUUCUUAGCUAAUAGCAAAUAGCGAAAAAUCUAAUUGUCAGUGUUUAAUUACUAUUAUUGAUGUGCAUUCGAUGUGUGCUUAGUUCACAAAACAAACAUCCCGUUUACCCAUUUCCCGAUUUUCCACGUUCCUACAAGUCCCACAAAUUGACAGUUGUAUUUUUUACGAUUGAUUGUUUUUAGCGCUUCGCAAGUCAAACAGAAAAUUAAAAAAAAAACUAUAUAAAAUAGAGCUAAUAACUGAACUCGAAAAUGAUUUCGCAGCUGACACGAAAUGUUUGCAUAGAUUAUGAGUUGAUUAACUGCGCGAAUAAUUAAUAGAAUUUAAUUCGAUAAGCAUAUUUUCAGCCUCGCCCGCGCCCCUUAGCCACCUAGAUUAUAUAAUUAUAGCAAAAGCAGAAGCGAAAACAAAACAAAAUUAUUGAUCAUUAAACAUUAUGAAUUAUUAUUAUUAUUAUUAUUAUGGCUUGUUUGUUGCGGCUUUUUGUGCAUCUCCAUUCGGAAAUCAUUUUGUAUGGGGUAUCAAAUUAUAAGAGAAUCUAGAAAAUAAUAAACACAGAAAACAUAGCAGAAACAAUUGGGCACACAAAGGCCAAAAAAGAGAAAAAACAAAGGAGGACAUUUCUUGUACUUAGGUUUAGUUUAUUAUACAAAACGAGAAUAACAGCGGCCGAUUGAAGCCAAUAAUAACAGCUAAAAGUGAAUAAGUGAGGAGGCGAAACAAGAUCCAUCAACAUUAGAAAAACGUUAUUUUUAUUCUUGUAUAAGUAUAAACCGAAGGCAUUUUUCCACGUAUGACAACUAUUAUUGUACGUAACUUGAUAUUUUGAUGAGAAUUUCUGUGAACAAA